UUCGUGCGUUGGGCGGUUGUGUUGUGCUCUUAGCGCUUUUUCAUUUUCUAAUAUAUAUUUUAUUGAAUAAAUUUUAUAAACAUUUUGAAGUAAGAAAUAAACAUGACACGGAGUAGCUCAAAUAAUACUUGGAUUAAGAUACAAAGCCUAUUAAAUACCAUAAAUCAUAUUUUUAUUGGUUUGGUUGGUAUUUACAUUACAGUUCUAGGAAAAAAUUUGGAUUUUAAGGACACGGCUAUGCAUGCCUUUAUGACCACAAUCGGAUAUCAUGUUCUUAUGGCAGAAGCUCUUAUGUCGCACUACAAAGUGAAUCCCAUUACUAAUCGUUUUUCGCAUCGCAACAAAUCUAGAAUACAUGGUAUAUUACAGUUUCUAGGUGGAUCAAUGGCACUAUUGGGUGCACUCGGUAAAAUCUCUGCUACUGAAAAUGACCAUUUCAGUACGCUACAUGGUAAAGUGGGUCUCGCAGCAACGUUUAUGUGUACUGUUAGCAUAUUAGGCGGAUUGGUCAACUUCUUUCAACCGAAGUUCGCCCAUAAAAUAUAUUCUCCGGCCGAAAUAAAAUAUCGCCAUAAUUUGUUCGGCAUGUUAACAUUCUCCUUAGGAAUGGCAGCAGUUCUUCUUGGUUACCGCACGUUAUUCUUCUGGAAGUACAACGAUGCUGAGUUUGUACGUGUUAUAAGUUUAGCUUCCGUUUUAGUUUAUUGUCUAACAUUAAUUGCACCAGUCUUAUCCUUAUUAGAUAAGAUAAAACUAAGAAAGGCACAUAAACAAGAUAUUUAAUAAUAUUUAACUUAAAAUGGAUAAUUGCCAUACCUACUAGUCUGCAGUGGUUUAAUUGAACCACAUUUGCUUUUAAAAUUUAUCAUUCCACGUAUACAAAGUACUUGGUGGUUAAAUCUUGAAUUCUAUUCAUAGUUAAGGAUUUUUGGGAAGUUGUAAUCUUGUUAACAUAUUUGUGCAUACAUAUUUUUACUGUAUUUGUUAAACUGUUUUUUAAUAUUUAAAUAUAAAU